AUGGACACACCUUACUACCCGCGCAAGGAUCCAGUUCCAGGUCUGCGGUUUAGUGGUUGCGACCUUUGUGGUACUGACAGGCUUCCGAUGGAGUUGGUGCAGCAGGUCUGGAAGCACCUGCCGCGCAGUAUACUGCGAGGGUCGGGGGACGUCAUUGGUAUUGCGCAUCGCUUUGCGGUUUCGACGUUGAAAGACCCAGAUGGUCGUAGAGAAAGCGCUAUCCAUCUAGCGUUUGCGAUACUCGAUGGCCCGCACCCAGACGCCACCCUACAAUUCAAGUAUGGCCUCGGGCACCUGUAUCUUCCCAUGAUUCGCCGCCUUCGUCACCCUCACAUUUGGGACACGCCCUCCCCGCCUCGCUUGGGCCGGUUUCAAACGCAUGGCGCAUUUGCGGAGCAUAACCAGAGGCUUCAAACCGCCAAGAUGGACAGGAUUACGAGACUGACCUUCCUCCAUUACGACAACGAUCUGGUCGCCAUUCACCCCCACACACAAGAAGAGCCGAGCGCAACGGUAGCAGUAGAGCGUUUCUCCCCUGGAUCAGACGCCCCGAGAUGUGGGAGUAUCACCCCAUCUCAACGGUCAAAGCCCAUUUCGCUGGGACAGACCCGCAAGAAUUCCAGCAAGCAGUGCCGGGUUUCCUACAUUCUCAAGUGA